GCUGCCCCAAAUUUAUUUCCCGUCUCCAAGUCUUGCCCUAGCUUUCUUUCUCUACACAUCACUGUCCGCUAGCCUCUUUUCCAGCCGCUGCCAACAAACGCUGAUCUGCCGAUGACGAUAUCAGGUUUGCGCCUCCCCUUCCUUUUGGUAGUCAUGCCUUCUUGUUCGUCCGCUUCUAUUCAACCUCCGAUUGAGGUAUAUGUUUCAUUUCUAUGCACAAGAGUCUUUCUUCAAUUCUUUCCAUUUCGAAUCUAAAUCUAAAAAAACAAAAUUUUCUGCUAUGGUUUUUUAGAUUCGAUCAGAACCCCAUGAUUUCAAUUUCAUGCACUGCAUAUACUAAUUGGGUUCAUUCCAAAAUUGACGAGUCACGAUAUUCCACAAUUGGGUAUUUUAUUUUGUUUCUCUAUGCCUUCCAUUUUUUGACUUCCACUUUUACACUAUGUUUGGUUCAAGGAUUUUGAAAUGGAAAAGAAAAGAAAAUGAGAUGGAAAAUAACAUUUCUUGUUUGGAUAGAGAGGAAAAGAAAAGAAAAGUGGAAGGAAAAGGAAAUGAGAAAACAAAAUAUAUUAAGAGGAGGAAAAAUCAAAUUCCUCCCAUUUUGGUGAGAAAAAUGAGAGAAAACCAUUUUCUUUUCUUUUUCUUCCAAAUUCCUUGAACCAAACAUAGUGUUAAAGAUACCUAAAUUACUUUUAAAUUUUAAAUAAAUGAAAGAAUGAGCCACUUUUACUUUGGAUGUUCUUUUUUUACUUCAUAGGUUAAUAUGGUCAUUUGGACUAAACAUUCAAUUAGUCUUAAGAUGAAACUGAAAUGUUUGAGCUGAUUUGGGACUCCUGAAGAUAGUAUAAUCGAUUAAUAGGCCAAAGAUUUGAUUUCUCCACCUUUACUGGUUUGUUUUCUUUUCUUGAUAAGUUUCCUAUAUUCAAUUUUGGAAUUUUAGGAUGGGACUAAAACUACCUUCAUUAACAAACUGCGAAAGUUGUUUCUCAGGUUUCACAAUUUCAAUCCUCUAUCCUAGAUAUGGUAUUGCAGUUGAAGGCAUGUGGUAGUUAUUUUGUCAACUGAAUUCUUUCUCUUUCUUUGUUGGAUAGGAUGAUAAUUAAGUAGAAAAAGUAGUUAUGAGGUUACCUUUUUGUGGAUGUGAAAUACCUGUAAUGAAGAACAAAAAGUCAAAGACAAUAUCAUCCUCUAUCCUUAUGAGGUUACCUUUUUUGGGCAAAAUACAUAUUCUUCAUUGACUAUACCUCGUUUCAAUCCUAAUCAAAACUAUUAUUCUGUAUAAAAAGAAAUUUUAGUUAUAACGUGCUCUUUAAAAGAAUUUUUUUUUAUUAAUUAUCAGUCUAUGAUGCAUGUUUGAACCAUAUGGGAAUGGUUCAAAUUACUCCACUAAAUAGCUAGUACACGGAAAAGAUCCUCCCAUUGAACAGACUUUGCCCUGUAGUGUUGAAGAUCUCUACAAGGGUACCACUAAGAAGAUGAAUAUUGGUAGAGAGAUUGCUGAUGCUAGCGGAAAAAUAAUGUCGGGUAGAAGAUAUCUUAAUCAUAAACAUCAAGCCGGGCUAGAAGAAAGGUGCAAAGAUGAGCUCUCAAGCAUCACUCCAUCAAAUUUUAUGUUCAUAAUGGACGAGAAACCUGACAAAGUCUUCACACGUGAUGGGAAUGAUUUCUUAUCUUUAAUAGUCUAGUUGUUCUUCUCUUCAUCUCCAAUGUUUCACAUUGUUGUUUCAUUUUUCCUUGAUUUUAAUCAUUAAAUGAUGAAUGUUGAAUAUUUGUAGAGUUUAUUCCUAGCAAUUCAUCUUUUGAUGUACUCAUUGAUACAUAACUCGGAUUCUUGAGAAAAAACUAUUGAAAUUUAU